UUAAACUAGAAACAAUGCAUAAGCAAUAAAAUAUAGAUAAAAUUCCAUAUGUACGAAUUGUGAACUUAUGAGUUAAAAUUCCAUAAUUCAUAGCAAUUAUUAAAAAAAUGUCGCUCCAUCAAUCAACAUUAUUGCCAAGCGUUGCAAACUGUCUGUCCAGGCCACAAACAUUUGUUUGUCGUUGCAGCACACGGUUUGUCCAGUUGGCUUGGGAGCGGUGAGAUGAAACAAAUUAGUAAGAAACUUGGGUGACAAAGUAAGGAUACAAACAAGCAGGCAAACACAAGGUUAACGCACGUCAAGCGUUUACUGUGGCAACAAACCGACAGACAGACACACUUGCGUGUAUGCAAAUCUAUCUAAAAGCCUCAAGCAAUUAACCAUAACAAAUACAAAAAGGAUAUCAGCAACAGAAACCAAACCAAAACAAAUGUAAAGCAGCUCAAAUUUCAUGAUAAUAACAAAACAAUAACAACUAACAACAACAAUAACAAUAAAGGUCACAAAAGACUAACACACAAUAAUUAACAUUAAAUUAAAAGUCAAAGCCACAAAACAAAUUAGCAACCACAAAUUGUGCUUAAAUAAGAAAAAAAACAUAACACCCUGCUUAAUAAAAAUCUGUUAACCGUAAACGAAAACAAAAAAAAACAAAAAACAACAAAAAAAAAAAUUCACAAAUUAAUAACUACAAAGUAACGAAUUUGUAUAACAAAAACGAAACGAAACAAAACAAAAUAAAAUAAAAUAAAAACUACUAAUGUUGCUGUUGUUGCUCGAGAGUAUUGCACGCACUUUAAUCAACUCCAAGCAAAUCCGUACACGGGGCGUAUGAGUGACAGCCACAAAUGGGAGAAGAAACAAAGGCUGGAAAAAAACUCAACAUAAAUAACUAAAAAAACAAAAAAAAAAAAUUAUAGUAAUAAACUACGGCUCAUUCCUAAUACCUACUGUGGCACUGCUUACCACAAAAUAGGCUUCCUCAAAAGCUAAUAUAGAGCGCAACAGCACGACAAAAAGGAAUUUACAUCAGAAAUAGUUAAGGCAACUUCCGCAAAGGCAGUCCAGACAUUUUGGCAACGUGAGAUCGCACAGAAAUAAAUUAUAAAAAUACAACAAAGUCAGCAUUUAAUCAACUUUUUUUAUUUGAUUAGUUUUUUGUUUUUAUUUUGUAUAAAAUUUUUAUUAUAUAUUCUUUUAACACUUGUAAAUACGUUAUCAACACGCAUAAAUAAGAAAAGGAGCAACGUUAACUCCUUUCAAACGAAACUAAACCACAAACUGGCACUCAACACUCGUCAAAGUGAGCAGCUACCAUACAGGAUUUUCGAAUUCUCAACUCAAAGGAAUACAAAACCACAACAACAAAAACAACAACAACAACAGCAUCCACAGAGACAGCUAUAAACGUUUGCAUUACUUUUAAAAAAACAAAAAUAAAAACAAAAUUAAAGAAAUAAUAAAACGUUAACAGUAACAAAAACACAAAGAAAAUAAUCGCCACCGCCACCAUGAGUGAUUCAGUUUUUGAUAAAUUCACAGCGUUGCUUCCGAAAGCACAUUUCAUCACACUUUGGCUAGCAUUCAAUCUGGCACUGAUAGUGCAGGAGCCCACGAAACAGAUUGCCUCAGUUGAUGCUGCGACUGGAGGUGGCAGCAUGUUGGGUGAUGUUAACAUAUCUGCUAUUCUGGAUUCGUUCAGUGUUAGCUACGACAAAAGAGUAAGACCCAACUAUGGAGGCCCCCCUGUUGAAGUUGGAGUCACCAUGUAUGUGCUAUCGAUCAGCUCGCUGUCUGAAGUGAAAAUGGACUUUACAUUGGAUUUUUACUUUCGUCAAUUUUGGACCGAUCCUCGUUUAGCGUAUAGAAAACGACCUGGUGUAGAAACACUAUCGGUUGGAUCAGAGUUCAUAAAAAAUAUUUGGGUACCUGACACCUUUUUUGUAAAUGAAAAACAAUCAUAUUUUCACAUUGCAACAACCAGUAAUGAAUUCAUACGUGUUCAUCAUUCUGGAUCAAUAACAAGAAGUAUUAGAUUGACUAUUACUGCAUCAUGUCCAAUGAAUCUACAAUACUUUCCAAUGGACCGGCAAUUGUGUCAUAUCGAAAUCGAAAGCUUCGGCUAUACAAUGCGUGACAUACGUUAUAAGUGGAAUGAAGGCCCAAACUCGGUCGGUGUCUCGAGUGAGGUUUCUCUGCCCCAAUUUAAGGUCUUGGGUCAUCGUCAGAGAGCAAUGGAAAUCAGUCUUACAACAGUAUUACAAAAAUGUCAAGAAAUACAAGCAAAUGAAUAG